CCCUGUCUCUCUCUGCCUGCCCGCUGCCUCCUGUCUGUCUCGAGGAGCUGACUGCCUCCGGGGCUGGAAUCCUGUGUGCCCUCUGUAUCAGAGCCCACCAUGUUGGCCAACAUCACAACGAAGCCGCUCUGUCCCCUCCUGGAGCAGAUGAGCCGCCUCCAAAGCCACAGCAACUCCAGCAUCCGCUACAUGGACCAUGUGUCGGUGCUGCUGCACGGGCUGGCCUCGCUGCUGGGCCUGGUGGAGAAUGGACUCAUUCUCUUCGUGGUGGGCUGCCGCAUGCGCCAGACCGUGGUCACCACCUGGGUGCUGCACCUGGCCCUGUCCGACUUUCUGGCCACCGCCUCCCUGCCCUUCUUCACCUACUUCCUGGCCGUGGGCCACUCCUGGAAGCUGGGCACCACCUUCUGCAAGCUACACUCCUCCAUCUUCUUCCUCAACAUGUUUGCCAGCGGCUUCCUGCUCAGCGCCAUCAGCCUGGACCGCUGCCUGCAGGUGGUGCGGCCCGUGUGGGCACAGAACCACCGCACGGUGGCCGCUGCCCACAAGGUCUGCCUGGCGCUCUGGGUCCUGGCCGUGAUCAACACCGUGCCCUACUUCGUGUUCCGGGACACCAUCCCGCGGCUGGACGGGCGCAUCAUGUGCUACUACAACGUGCUGCUCCUGAGCCCCGGGCCGGACCGCAACGCCACGUGCGACUCGCGCCAGACGGCCCUGGCCGUCAGCAAGUUCCUGCUGGCCUUCGCUGUGCCGCUGGCUAUCAUCGCCUCGAGCCACUUGGCUGUGAGCGCGCAGCUGCGCCACCGCGGCCGCCGGCGGUCCAGCCGCUUCGUGCGCCUGGUGGCGGCCGUGGUGGCGGCCUUCGCGCUCUGCUGGGGCCCCUACCACGUGUUCAGCGUGAUGGAGGCGCGGGCGCACGCGAACCCGUCGCUGCGGCCGCUCGUGUGGCGCGGGCUGCCCUUCGUCACCAGCCUGGCCUUCAUCAACAGCGUGAUCAACCCGCUGCUCUACGUGUUUACCUGCCCCGACGUGCUGCGCAAGCUGCGGCGCUCGCUGCGGAGCGUGCUGGAGAGCGUGCUGGUGGACGACAGCGAUCUGACCGCCGGGGGCAGUAGCCGCCGCCGGCGCCGCGCCUCUUCCACCAACACCUCGGCCUCCUCCUUCUCCGAGAGCAGCGGCCGCCGCCUGCCUGCGCUCUGGCCCGCGCGCCUGCUCGAUUGGCUACUGGGCGACCGCUCGGCACCGCCGCAGAGGGACCGCGCCCCAUCCCAGGACGAGCGGGGCCCCCUGAACCGGGCGCUGAGCACCACCUCGGGGUAGGAGGCACGGACCCGAAUCGCCCGGCUCAGAACCAUUCCAUUCUCCCCGGGAGGCAAGGGCUGGAAGCGAUCGCCCCCCCCACGUGACUCAGUGAAUUCUUCAGAAAAGAAGUUAGAGUGCUUCUCAAACAUCAUUGCGCGGGAGUCAUCCAGGGAUUGUCUGGUUGAGCUGGCCCAGCCGAGGGCUGGCGCGGAGGGGCAGGGGAGGGGGGUGGGAUUGAAAUUCUGUGUUUCCAACAAGCUCCCAAGAGUAAUGCAAGGCUAAAACCCUAAGACGUCUCAAGCUAGGGUAGUGGAUACACAGGACACAUCUCCCUGGAGCUAUUUUAGCAGGUGAUGGGUGGGGUCGAGUUUUACAUUAAACCAGUCAAGUAGUUUUGGAGCUGAAAGUGAGAGGAAAGGUUUGGGAAGCACUGUUGGGGGCUAACCUUUUCACUGUGGUCGUUUAGUUGUCAUUUACUGACCUAUAUAGGUUUUAUCUGAGUCUGGGGAAGAGGGUCAAGUUCUAUUAGCCCCACUUUUUAUUGAUACCAUGUGCAAGUUGCAGUGCAGGAAGGUUAAAUAACCUGCCCAACAUACAGGGUCUGCAUACUAACCACUGGCAUUUACCUGUUCAAUUACUGUUAGUAUGUGAAAGAGCCCCCCUACCCCCCACCCCAUACUCAAGGUCCUUAUGAUAGCUGCGUGGGAGCCCCCAUCUGUCUGCCCCAGCACUGCCCAAAUGGCAAAAGCAAGGGGUGCUAUGGUCAAAUGUUUGGGAAACCUGGGCUAGUUAAAGUACAAUGCACAUCUGUACUGAGGUCUGGAGUGUUUGAAUGUGCCUGGCAACCUCCGAGACCACAGCCCUUUUGCUGAGCUCACCUGAUAUGCCGGCCUUCAGUUCCGUGGGAUGCUCUCCGGGCAAUGCUGGUAACCCCUAGAUCUGUGCGUCCCUCACCUCCUGACCUCAAAGGGGCUGCAGCUCUGACCCUCAGCUGGCAGGUGUGAGGGGUAACUUACUAUAGCACCUCCACUAUCCUGUCUGUUUAGCUCAGCAUCCCAGGCCUGGUGCAAUACACAUCUGGCUGAUGGAACACCCAUGGAAGAGCCGGGUGAGAAACUUCUGGGACAUGGUUCAGGGCUCCCUGUGCCACCACCUGCAGCUGGGCUCCCAGUGUUUACUCACUUAUUCCCACGCUAGGCAAACGGAGCAGUUGAUGGACAGCUGACUGAACAGACAUCCCAUCCUGAUGCUUCACCCACGUUCCCUCCUGCCUGCUCCCUUGCUUCUCUCAGCACUUGGCGCCAUCUGACACACAAUACACUUGACUUGUUUGUUAUGUUUUAUCCAUCAGAAUGAAAGCUCCUUGAAGCUUUCAAGGAGCUUUUUUUACAGACUUUUGUCUGUAUUCCCUGCCACCUAGAAUUGUGCCGGUACACAGCAGGCGUUCAAUAAAGAUUUUUGCUGGAGA